UAGAAUCACACACACACUCGUACCGUGCCGAGGUUAUCGGCGGUGGUGUGGAACCGAAUGGUUUGGUUUGGAUUUUGAGAUGGAAAAUAAAAGCUAGAUUAUUAUUCCUAUAGAAAAUAUGUGUGUUUUGUGACAGUAUAUUAACAACGUACGGCUGAAUAACGCUACAGAAAAGUAUUUUAUAAUAAUGUGUGAUCAUUUCUGGGAGCCUCUAGCCGAGGUUUACAUCGCUGAGCAAAAUCAGUUUUCUGACCCUGAUGCUUACAUCUAUUGUUUGUGCAGCAGAGUCUUCAUAAAAAGGAGUCCGGAGCAUUUUACGGUAUUCACCACGGAAGAUGCUAGCGAAGAUGAAGAUGUCGAGGGGGAUCGUGUUGGCGAAAUGUUGGACAACCAGAAACGAGACUUAGUCGAUACUCAACCGAUAGGCAAACAUGACGAAGAACCAUUGAGUUGUUAUUGCAGUGCUUCGCACACGGACAAUAAUUACUCAACAGACGAGCAUGAUUCUGUCCGCGACUCGUCUCACCGACUACCGGCAUCGUCUUUUCCCCAGAAGUUUGGUUUGCAUCAGUCUGAUUCGGGCGCGGAUUUAUCGGAAUAUCACGAUUAUCACGAAGCAAAAAGUAUUCAAAACCUAUUCGCAAAUUACGGUAAAACCUUCAGCAGCGAAGAUGCGGAUGACAUCAAAGAGGAUGAGAAUACAUAUGAGAGAAUGGAGCGCAAAAGUAGAACCUUCAGAAUGUACAGAGAAAGUGACGAUGAAAACAUAAGUCUAGGGGCUUUGCAAUCCGAUCUGCAUAAUGGGUACCAAAUUUCAUCAUCAAAUACCAAUAUUUACUGCCAUUCAGAGAUGAGGAAUAGCCAAUCGUUAAAAAUGGAGGAUGGAUCCGAUCUCGAUAAAUGUCAAACCGCUAGACUGAGCGAUGAUUGUUCAAGAUCAAAAAAGGAUUUUAGCUCCGAUCCACAAAGCAAGUGUUCCAAAAUAUUCAAUGUAAGCAGUCAAGAGACUGCCUUAACUGUGAUAAAACGCGAUAGCUCAAAUUAUAGAAGCGAAGUAGAGGCAUUGUGGGGAAGAUUCUGGGCGGAAAAUGGGGAGCAGAUAAUUUGGUCAUCUUGGAUAGAGAAAUACGCUGAUUACAUAAAUCCGGAUUACAUGCAGCAAAACCAGAUGCUGAUAAAGGGCAGUUGUGCCAAUGGACAAAAGCAAAAAACCGCCUCAGAAGCCUUUCCGGAGCAAAAUACCUGCUUUCCAAAUCAGGCUCACAAGAAUUGUGAAAUAAACCGUUCCAACUUUGAAGGGAUAUUCAGUAAAACCAUAAACGACCCGAGCAUAAUGGACGUUAAAUGUGUAGCAGAUGAUAGCACCAAUUUUCCAUUUCAAGAUACAAACAAAAUCAGUAUAAACCACAACGACGCCGCUGAGAACAGAAAGAAAUUGAUAAACCGUGAGUUAUCCCCUGACAUCGAAGAAGGCUGGAAUCCUCUGAGCCCAUUCAGCAUGGAGGAAAGUUACAACCAACCGUCUAACAUGGAAGACGAACGACUGAUAACAACGUCCCGAUGCAGUUCCAUCAGCGAAUCAAUCGCCAACACAAACGCAACGACGGACUCGAUGACCGACGUGACUAAAAUGACCAUAACCAGUUCCAGCUGUGAUUCAAAUUCCAUUCAAUCUUCCAGCUUGUUUAGCUCAACUACCAGUUCAAUAGAAAGUAACAUCACAAGCGGCAGUUCAGAGCUUGAAAAUGAGCCUGGAAUGGAAGAUGCCGACAGGUAUUGGCAGCAGUUGUGGAAGGAGCAUUUUGAAGAACAGUACUGGCAGCAGUGCAAACUGUUUGUCGAAAGGUACGACCAGCAAUUGGCAAUGCAAAUCGAGAGAAGUGUUCAAGCGGAGGGAAAUCAUGGAUCGCAAGACACAACCAAUAUCAGUAACCGUUACGCGAAUACCGGCGAAAUCAAAGACUUGGGAAAUGAAAGAGAGGAGGCGCAGAGCUGUGACGGGAAAAGAAAGGAGGAAUUCUUUAACGCCAAAGAAUCGAAGGAUAUUAAUGAGAAGUUGUAUCCAAAUGCAAUAGAAAAUAGAGUGAAUUCCAGAAAGAAGAAAAUGAUCAUGGAAUCCGUUGGAACGCUUAUGCAAAAUUUAACCAUGCAUUGCGACGAGGCUCAACUUGCUAACGAUGGUGACGCACAAGAUAAUUCCACAACCAAAGGCAGUGAUAACAGUCACAGCACACCGGUCAAUAGUGACGUUUCAUCAAGUACGCUUCAGAGUACGUCACCUGCCAACACUUUGAGAGAGUCAUCAUGCGCGGGAGACGGAGACCGGCCACACGACGAAAAACCAACGACGUUGAAAAGAUGUCACGAAGCUGAUAACGACGAAUACAGUGAGGGCUUAGAGACGGUUAAAAAAGCCUUUUCCCUAAUGGGCUACACGUUCAAUAACGAUCAUCGACAGACAAAAUUACAGGGCGAAGUCGUGUACAGGAAACGCAACAUUAGAUUACAGAACAGACAACUCAAAAUUAAAUUUAAUAGACCUAAGCCAGCCAACAAGCAUACAUACUUUGAUGAUAAUGGGGAGGAGGUUACAAAUACUUUGGACAAGACAUCGCUAAAUUUGGCAUAUCUUCCAACAAAGACUAUCGCAGAGCCGGUCCUCAAGACAAAUGACAGAGGGUCUUACACGACGCUAUUUACCUCAAGUUCAGACGAAGAGUGCGAUCAAAAGUUUGCGUCGAAAUUGCCUGUUAAACGUCUCCUGUUUAAUAAACCAAGCACAAGCUCUAUAGAUUCAAAAAUCGAUAUAGAUGACCAAAUUGUAGGUACAAUCGACCAACAAACCAUAGAAAGUCAUGAUAAAAUUUUACACAAUAGCGAAACGGUUGAACUUGUUAAGGGAUGCGAUGUCAAUGAAUUGGCAAAUGCCGAUAAAUGUCAACAGUCGAAGUACGAGGGCAAUGAUUCAAUCGUAGAGACUGAUAAUGUUGUAGAUGCUAAAGCAACUAAAGAUUACGACGAAGAUAAAAAUCUGAGGAAGAAUGUUUCUAUGGAUGUUGACUCCAAAUUUCAGGACGACGUUUUUGAGGUGAAAUUUACCGACGAUGAUAUCGCUAAAAGGAUACAAAAAAAGAAAAAACGAAAGCAGAACAAACGCAACAUUUGUCUUCCGCCCGAAGUUGCCGGUGACAGAACUUUGAUGAAGUAUUGGGUUAAACGAUAUAGUUUAUUCAGCAAAUUUGAUCAGGGUAUCAAACUGGAUAGCGAAAGCUGGUUUUCCGUCACACCAGAAAAAAUAGCUCAACAUAUAGCCGAAAGAUGUAGGUGUGACACAAUUAUAGAUGCUUUCUGCGGAGCGGGAGGAAAUGCAAUCCAAUUUGCCUUAACUUGUGAAAGAGUGAUCGCGAUAGACAUCGAUCCAGUGAAAAUUGAGCUUGCUCGUCACAAUGCUAAAAUUUAUGGCGUUGAGAAAAGAAUAGAGUUCAUCGUUGGUGAUUAUUUACAACUUGCUCCAAAGCUGUUAGCCGACGUCGUGUUUCUUAGUCCUCCAUGGGGUGGUCCGCAAUAUAUAAUGGAAGAAACAUUCGAUGUUGAAAAAAUAUUAGCACCACUUGGCGGAACGGCAUUGUACAAUACAUCGAAAAAGAUAACUGAACAUGUAGCUUAUUUUUUGCCUAAGAAUGUUGACACCAUGCAGCUCGCAAUGUUAGCCAGUCCAGGAGGCGCCGUAGAAGUGGAACAAAAUUUCCUUGACAAACAGCUGAUAGCCUUAACUGCUUACUACGGUGAAUUGAUUAAGGAGUGAAAGAAAACGUGAUAACACCGGAUUUGUAUAUCAGGAGACACUGUUUAAAACAAUUAUUUAUUGUUUUAAAUAUCGUAAAACGCCUUCAUAUGGUUUGUAAAAAGUAUUCUCUACCCAUAUCUUGAAAAACUUGAAUAUGUCAUUUCGGUCGAAGGAAGAAUGAUUAUAACUACAACUUUAAUUCGUAUCGCUUUACAUAAUAAGUACAUUACGUUCGAGUCACGAAUUGCCCUCAAACUUUUAUAAUUGAGUUCCGCACAAAGUAAUCAACUUGACAUAGGAUCAUAAGAGUGCGAUCCACAGAUUUAUUCCAAGGAAAAUUUGCUUCCAUUUGAAAUUCAAUACUCAUUUUUUUUUUUUUAUUCCGUUUUAACAACGUUAUAUUUUAUCCUUAGUCUCGAAAGAGAA